GUAGAAGUAUGGAGAGUUCAAGUCAAUGCAACAGCAACAGCAACGGUACGCAGUAAAAUCACGCUGUAGUACGCAAUAUGCGUUAGUGGACAUUAACUCUUCCACUCAGCAUCACUCUGCAAGUUUUGCCAUGAGUUUGCUUUACCUAUCAACCCUCCUGGCUGCCGCACUUGUAGUGAGAGCUCAGACACAGCUCUUGCGCGGCUCCUGCAGUUUCGACCUGGACAGCUGCGGCUACACGUCUGAUCCCGCUUACGCUGCCUGGACCAUUAACGAAGAAGGUCGCUUCAUCACAGCAGACAACAUGUCUGUUGGUGAAAAAGAAAAGUAUGUUCUGGUCAGCCCAGAGUUGGAGCUCCGUGACUGGAGCUGUGUGCGGUUAGUCUAUCAAAUCACUGGCUCAGGAUCUCUUCAACUUCACUUACGACCUGAGGGUGAGAACUUUGACUACACUUUAUGGACAGCGGAGAAACCCUCAGACAGUUGGCUCAUUGCCAGUGUGGACCUCCGCAAUAUGUCUGGGGCUUACCAGCUACUAUUUGAGGGUAAACACAGGAGAGGAAAAGGAAAUAGCAUUGCUGUUUUUGAAAUAAGCAUCAUCCCUGGGUACUGUAUAGAAUGCAACUUUGAAGAGCACCAUUUGUGUGGCUAUAGUAAUCAAUGGAAUCCCAAUGUGAACUGGUAUGUGGGAGGUAGCUUGGCCCGGGACCCUCAGUCAAAACUUCCAAAUGACCACACCAUGAACAAUGAAAGAGGUCAUUACAUGUAUGUGGACUCAGUUUAUGCGAAAAGGUUCCAGGAGGUGGCCAAGUUGGUGUCGCCAAUGACUACCACUCCAAUGGCAGGAUGCUUGUCAUUUUACUAUCAAAGGGACCAAGCCAUUGGGAAUUUCUUCUCCAUCUUCACUAAGGAUCAGCUGGGCCACUAUGAAGAAAUAUGGAGGCCUGAUGUGUAUGCAACAUCAAGUUGGAAGUUAGUGCAAGUGGAUAUUAAGGCACCAAAUUCUUUAGAGGUGGUGUUUGAGGUGGCAUUUAACAGUGCUAGUAGUGGCUAUGUUGCUCUGGAUGACAUCUCUUUUUCCUCAGAGUUCUGCCACACAGAGACAGUUUCAUCUUUUGACCCUUCUGUUGCAAACUGUGACUUUGAAGAAGGACUGUGUCAGUACUAUCAGGAACAGAUUGGUGGUGCAGUGUGGAACAGGGUCUCUGUGAAACCAAACGCUUACCGCAAUGGGGAUCACACCACAGGCACUGGGUCUUUUCUUCUGGCCAAUACUCGUUUUACCUCUCGUCCAGGGUAUGUGAGUCGCCUUUUUGGACCCUUCCUACCAGGGAACCACAAAUACUGCCUUAGAUUCUACUAUGCCCUACAUGGCUUCAUGAAAAUAGAUAAUGCUCUGGCACUGUACGUAUAUGAUGAAAACAAUAUCGCUCAAGAAAAAAUCUGGACAGUGUUUGAGAGGUCUAAAGAUGUUUGGACAGAGGUGGAAGUCACCUACCAGAAGCCAAUGUCUACUAAAAUAGCAUUUGUCAGCAUCUGCAGAAACUUCUGGGAUUGUGGACUUGUAUCUCUUGAUGACAUCUCAGUGGCCCUUGGAGACUGUCAGGUCACUACAGGACCAUUGAAUCCACCUCCUGGACAUUGUAACUUUGAAACUGGUGACUGUGGCUACACCCAGAAAAAGAAAAUUAAGAAGGGACAUUGGUUAAGGAUUAGGGGACAGACACCCACCUCCUACACAGGGCAAGGGGACCACACCUUAGGGGUAGGUUACUUCAUGUACAUUGAGGCAUCUGACAUGUUACCUGGUCAGUCUGCCCGGCUGAUGUCCACUGAGCUCAGGGGUUCUACCGGACCACAAUGUCUGAUCUUCUUUUACCACAUGUAUGGCUCGGGCACAGGGACCCUGAGCAUUCUUCUGCAUAAGGGGGACAGAGAGAGGUUGCUUUGGAUGAGACAAGGGGAACAAAGUGUGUCCUGGAUGAAGGCCACAGUGGAUUAUGAGUGUUACACAAGGCAUUGGAUUAUAUUUGAAGCCAUCAGAGGAUCUUCAAUAAGGAGUGACAUUGCUAUUGAUGAUAUUGUGUUUAAAAAGGGACCUUGCAAAGAUCCUGCAGACAGCAUCCCAUACUCAGGCUUCUCUGAGAAUUUUAAUGAGAUUGAGUACUAAGCAAGGCCUUGGAAUGCUGAUGUGUGUUUGUUUUUAUUUGUGAUUCACUGGGAACAGGCAUUGAGACAUCUUGGGAACCAUUUUAGUUUUGUGUACUUUGUUUAUAGAAUAUCAGAAAUUACUUAACAUUUUUGUAAUGUGUUGACAUUGCUUAGCAGCAUGCUGCUGGGUAGCAUACAUAUGUUGUUGUUAAAACUUUUUGCUGAUGUGAACGUUUUGUUUCUUUUUACACUGAUCAGUUUCCAGUUGUAUACAUUCUCACUUACAGUGUUACAUUUACUAAAAACAUUUGUUUUUAAUUGAAAAGGCUUUGUCAGGUUUAGUAAUAAACCAUAUCCACAAUAUUCCCAUGUCCCAUGACACUUUGCAGGUGAUGUGGGCGAAACUUACGGUUAAGCAUACACAAUCGUAAUGUUAUGUACAAACGCAGCAUUAAAAAUGACAGAAACUUGAGAACAAAUGAUCACAGAAAUAUAGCGAGGCGAUAUUGUUCUUCCCCACCUACUGUUAAUGAAUAUGAAUUUCAGGAUGAUGGCCAAAUAUCGCAAAUAGAAGCAUUUUAGUUAUUUUGUAGAGUCUUUAUCCAUUGAUAGAAGAAACUGAGCAGACUAACCUGAAAAGCUAUGUAGCCUAUUAGCGCCUUCACAGCUGUAAAGUUGGACAUGAUUUGAGAACUGUAGAUAAUUAUGUUUAUUUUAAAGCAUACAUUGAGUCUAGUCAGAACCUGAAGAGUUUGUUGUACUGAGAUUAUGUAAUUACUGCAGAUACAGGGGAGGUCCAGACAGCAGGAUGCUUGUGUAUUACAGGACUCAGGUGAUGAUACUGUCAUGCUGCCAUUUUCUGGAUAAAAUACAAUAAUUUUGCAGGAGAUUAAUGUGUAGUAAAAUCAAUCUAGCUUUAUAAUUGUUAGUAUAUAAUCUCCAUAGCUAAAUGCUAUAACCAGGGGCGUUGCAGACAUUUAAAAAAAGGUGGGGACACAGCUGUGAGUAGGUGGCUCACACAGACCCAACACUUACAGUUCAGUAUUAAUAUUUUACAGUAUAUAUUCAUAUGGAAGUAUAAGUAUUAUAUUAAUAUAUACGUAUUAUUUACUUAAAAUUUUUGUUGUAUUUUAAAGAUUCAAGUAUUGCAAAAUAAUUGCAAAAUUUAGCUAAAUUAGCUGCAAAAAUAAAAGGCAUCUUGUGGAGCACUUGCUUCGGUUUCACACAUGACAAUAAAAUAAUGAGCAUAAACUGGUCCUGAAUAAAUUAUUUAAUCAAUUACAAUAAUGAAAAACUAUUUUUAUUUUUUACUCUGUGCUUUUGCAUUGUGGGUUUUAAAUGCAUACAAGUGGCUUGAGUGUUCUGACUAUGUUCACCAAAAUUUGUUCAGAUACACUUAAUGAUUCAGUGACCAUUUCUGGUGAUGCCAGAAGGGGGUUACAAAUAAGUGUCUUGUGUGAAAUUAGUUAAUCACUUAAUUAACGAUUUUUUUUAAUCCUUAACUAUUUGUAUGUCUGCUGACCUACAAAGAGACUUUGUAGAGGUUUUAAGCAUUAUAAGAACAAAAAGCAAAUAUAUCUUUUCCCUAAAGUUUUUGAGUUGCUGAGCAUGACUUUUAUCAAAAGAAAACAAUAAUAGUCUUAUAAUAAUUAUGUUUCAAUAACAUCCAUAAGUUUUCAUGUAUAAAAGUGUUCUAAGACAAAGCAGAUCUAUCUUUUUACCUACAGUUUGUCAACUGCACACCAACAUAGAGUAAAAAAACAAAACAGGAGAUAUUAAAAAUAGCUAUAUAUAUAUUUAACACAGAUCUAGUAAUCUGCUUAAAUUGGCAAAAACAACCAAUCAAACUUUUACCUCACAAACAUAUUGAAGGCUCAAGCGCUGACAUAAACUCCACUUACAAUGUAUGCUUAAAAGUAGGAUUGUCCUUUGUUUUCUGCGGUGCAUUUCACGUAAUGCUGCCAUUCAAGAACGAUAUGCCAAUAAAUAACUCUCAUUUGAUUGUUCCUCAUCUAAUUAAUUUAACAUCAAUGCCAAUAAAAAACAUGGAUAAAUUAGCAUUGUGGAAACUUUGUAAAAAUGAAUGGAACCGAGUUGAUUAAACUGUCUGACUCAUGGCCUAUAACGCAAGGGUUGUUUCGGCUCAUGAAACUUACCUGUGAUUGGAUGAAUGGUCUCUCAAUCAUCCCAAAGUAACCAAACACAAAUAAUACUGUAUAAAAAUACACCAUUUAUACUCUGUGUGUGUUUAGCUUGAAAAAGUGCGGGGGACAAAAAUCACCUUCUUAAAGUGU